GAGAGCGUUAGCUCCAAGGAGAGACAUUUGCCUUGUGCAGGCACUGGAGAUAUGAACACCAUCGACGCGCAAAUCCAUAACAAUAGUUCCGCUGCUGUCAACCCUCUCCAGCAACUGCCAAAAAGCGCACACGAGACCCCGGAUAUGGCCGUGUAUUGUGAAAACUUCAGUGUUUAUCACCAACAGAGCCUACCUGCGGCGCAGAGACCAGCCGGAUAUGGCCUGGGGGACUACGCGCCGUCCCCAAACCCCUACCUGUGGCUCAAUGGACCUGGUGUUAACUCCUCUUCGUCCUACAUACAUGGAAACAACAGCCCCUCAUUCAUUCCUCCAGCUUACGGCUCUCAGAGACAAUAUCUCACUAACUCGUCCGGGUUCGCCGGUCCGGAUCUUGGCUGGCUCUCCAUCGCGAGCCAAGAGGAACUUUUAAAGCUCGUGCGUCCGCCUUACUCCUACUCAGCUCUGAUAGCCAUGGCUAUACAGAACGCGCACGAGAAGAAGUUAACCUUAAGUCAGAUAUAUCAGUACGUGGCGGAUAAUUUUCCGUUUUAUAAGAAGAGUAAAGCGGGAUGGCAAAACUCUAUCAGGCAUAACCUUUCCCUGAAUGACUGCUUUAAAAAAGUGCCGCGUGAUGAAGACGACCCAGGCAAAGGAAACUAUUGGACUCUAGACCCCAACUGUGAAAAGAUGUUUGACAACGGGAACUUUCGGAGAAAAAGGAAGCGCAGAUCUGAUCCCAGCACAGGUAUUGCCAGCAACUCAAAACCAGAGGACGAUCGACAGCUUGCGGGGAUCAAACCCACCGACAGCCCUCACCUCACCGGACCCGCAUCUCCUGAGAUUGAUGCGGCCCAUGAGAGCCACAAAGGCGCAUCGCCUGCAGGCCUCGCGCCCACGCCAUGCUUUAACAAUUUCUUCAACAGUAUGUCUGCUUUAAGCUCUCCUUCGGCUCCUACUAGCAGACAGGGCUCUCUAGGUUUGGUAAACGAGCUCUCCAGCCGAAAUAUCAGCGCCCUGAGCCAGUAUCAUGCCAGCUCAGCACCUGACGCAAGUGGACCGAGUGAGCUUCAGGACAGUGUACACGUUAACCGUGGAAUGUACUAUAACUCUUUUACUGGCGGCCAGAGCGCACAGUUUAAUGGACACUUCUACAACAGCUUUAGUGUGAACAGUCUCAUUUACCCUCGAGAUGGAACGGAGUUAUAG